AUGCGUCUCGAGGACGCCAUCGAUUACGUUGCGGGCGACUACGGUCCUUCAAACGCCCAGCUCUUCAACAUCAUCUUGAGAUCCAUUCUACACUUCGCGGGCGUCAUGGCAUGUGUCGUGCCCAUGCAUCUCUUCUGCAGGAGCGGCGAGAUAGCUGGCGCUACGCUGGUCGCCUCUGGGGCCAUUGUGAACCUCUAUCAUCUUUGCAACACGAUCACAUGGUACAAUGAUGACAUUGCCAGCUGGCCCCUUGCCUAUGGGUGGUGCGAUUUUCAGGUGGCCACUACGGUGCCGCUGGAGACUCUGGUGGCCGCCAGCACUUGUGCGAUCCUGCGCAAUGUGUCGAACUCAAUCACGUCCCUACGAGUCACCGCGCUCAGGAAAAGCGAGAAGCGAAGGAAAAAUCUCAUUCAUGCGCUCAUCAUCUUCCCCGUCCCGCUUCUUCAGGCCAUUCUCUACUACUUCGUGGCCGCGCAGAGAUUCAACAUCUCGGGCAUCAUCGGGUCACGAAGAAAGCUCUACUUCAUGACCCUGACAAUCAUCGCGCCGUGGCUCCCCUUGCAAGUGUUGUUCCUAUCCAACAACGUCCAGACGGCAUGGCCUUGGGCAGCGCCGUUCGACCUUGGAAGCGUCCACGGCGCCGGCUGGAACCAGAUCGACUACAUUCCCAGCUCGGGCGUCCCGUGGGCUCACAUGUACGGCACAUACGCAUAUUCCCUCCAGUCCCUUAUCGUGUUUCUUUUCUUUGGUCUGACCAAGGAUGCACACGACCUAUACCGUGGGUACCUCAGGGCCUUGGGCCUCGGCAGGAUCUUUCCAAGGUUGAACGAGGAAAGUCCUGGCUCGUCAAAUAACAUGACUAGCGUCGGCGGGCGCCAGUUCAACGAACUUGAUGACAUCCAACCCCUGAACAUCCGCUUGAGCAGCCUCGACGUGGCAGCGGCUCGCUCAACGACGGAGGCUGCCCGCUCUUCCGAAAAGAUGACGCAGCUACCAGCUCGGAACCCUUGGGUCUUCCGCACCACAUUCGCGCCAGACUUCAACAUGGGAACGAUCCUGGGCGGCGGCGGUAAGGGUAAGGGCAAGAACACGAGCAGUUCAUGCAGCCAGGAACUUCUCAGGCCCGUCAUACAUCCUCUCCAUACCAGCCACGCGCCCUCGGCCAUGGGCAAAUACCACCCUGAUUUGUCUGCGGGUGAUGCUCACCAGGAAAUGUGGAACCCUGCGCCGAGGGACACCCGUGUGCAAACGAGGGUAUGGGUGGCGGAUGCUCGCAGUGGGUCGGCCACGGACGGUGUCAGCAUCAGUGAGAAUGAGAUGGCGGAGAACGGCGUUGUGAGGGUUGAGAAACGCAUUUCAAGCUCAAGCGAGGUUUCACCUCCAAAACCUGUUUACCACUAG